AGUAUUUCAAAUCGGUUUGUAGAAUGCGUGAUACAUUAGAAGACAGAAAGCAAAAUUUAUGGAUAUCUUUACUUGAUGAAGUUCAAUCGAACAGAAGAAAUGCUUAUGGAACAAUUGAAUCACCUGAUAAACCACAAUUAAUCAUUUUUGGCAAUGAAUCUACCGAUAAAACACGAAUUAUUGAAUGGAUUAAUUCGAAUACAGAUAUUCAAUGUGGGAUUGAUUUAGAUUAUCAAUUUUUUAAUCUACAUGAAGAUGGAAGUGAAGACUCUUUACAUAUGGGUAUAUGGAGUUUAGAUGGUGAUCCACAACAAAGUAAUUUAUUAAAAUUUGCUUUAAAUAAAUCAACUAUAUGGCAUACUAUGGGAAUCGUUUGUAUUGAUUAUACUGAACCAUGGUCAAUAAUGAAUGAUUUAGAAUUAUGGUUACAAAUUAUUGAACAACAUAUUCAUUAUUUAAAAAUGGAUUUAGAAGAAAUUGAACAUUUAAAAUCAAGUAUUGUCUACAAUCUUAAAAUGUUCACUGAUUCAUCAAUAGUUAAAGAUGAUGGAACAAAAUCUUCUAUGAAUUUCCGACAUCAAUUAAGUCUUCAGUCACAAAAUAUUGUUAAAGAUCAAUUUGAAACUACUAAAUGGUCAUAUAGUCCAUUACAUCCGAAACCGAUAGAUAGUUGUACUGGAAUAUCAUACUCUCUACAACAGAAUCAACCAAUCCAAAAUGACGAACAACAACAGAAUGAUCAAGAUGAUCAGUCAAAUGAAAAGUCAGUUGAGCAGCAACAACAAUCGAAUAAAUGGCUGAAAAAAUUUAUUACUGAAGGUGUAAUGAAUAAAUUACUUCCUAUCCCGAUUAUGAUUGUUGUUACAAAAACAGAUAUAACUGAUUUACUUGAAAAAGAAUUCGGUUAUACAGAUGAAAAAUUUGAUUACAUUCUUUAUCAUCUACGUAAAUUAUGCCUUGAAUGUAUCCUUUUCUAAAUGUUAAAAUAAUUUUGAUAAAAUUAAUUAAAAUACGAUUGAUGAAAUUAAUGAAAAUAAAAAUUGAUUUUGUGUGAUGAUUUGAAAUAGUCGAUUGAGAAAACGCCUUAGAAACAAGUUGUCUAAUAAGUAUCAUUCAUCCACAAAAUGUUUCAUCAAUAUUAAAGGAAAUGUUGUUCUUUACCGGACUAACAUCACAUCAAUCUAGAAUUACGAAUAACAACCUUAUCACUAUGUUAUUUAGGUCUAUACGGAUCUUUUCAAUACACAUCCCAUCAUAUUACAAGAGAUUGUGUCUAGGGCUUUCAUAUUUUGUAACAAAUAUAUUAUUAUUCAGAAGUACAGUUCAAAUUUAACGUUUCUCAAUUCAAACUUCAAUUGAUUUAUAUUAUAUGCAUAUUAACAUGAGGAGUUUGUCUGAAGUUAUUUUAAUUCAGCGAUAUACAUGUGCGGGACAAUCAUAAAAACACAAUGAGUACUAGACAUAUGUUCCAUUUCAUCAUGAGAUUGAUCAUCAAUAAAUAGUUAUGAUUCAGAUAAAGAAUAAACUUUAGGUCUUGUGAAUUAUCUGUUACCGAAAGAUCUUCUAAUCUCCCUUCAGUAAGCUCAUGAAUGUGGAUUGUAGAAAUAAUUGAAUAUUGGGACAAAACAACUGUCUACUACUUCUUGAUUUUCAAUAUUUACCAGCGUCAAUGCUCUGCUUUAUUACCUUAAAUAUUUAUGAUCACUCCCUGUUACUGCACACCCGGAGUGAUUUGUCUUAAUAUAGCGUUUAGUAUAUAGUUUGCAAUAGAAUACAGGACUCAUGUUUCACUUUAUUCCAGAUUGGUUAGCUGUAUAUACCUGCAUUCCAGCAUUGAAGGUACUGAGCUUAAGUUUUGAUGAAAACACUUGUUGAAGCACUUGAUGAACAAGUUGGCAGUUAACUGAACUCAUAAUCUCAGUAGAUAACGCAUUGCAUUUUGAAAUGAAUGAUAAUGGGUUCGAGUCUCUGUGUGUUUGGGUAUGUUAAUUAAGCUGAUUUGAAUUAUGUAUGUGGAUAACAGGUAAUGUAACUGAUUUAUGGUUAUUUUAUACAAACAUGCUUCUGAAAAUAAUUCUUUAACUAAUGGAAACUUAUUUUUAAAGACGUAAGUGAAGAUAUACAAACAUCUGGAGAGCUGAUCGGAAACACUUACUGUUAUGUAAUGUUAAAAUCGAUACUGGUGUUUGUUAUUAUAUAUGAUUGAACAUAUUAUUCACGUCAACAAGCGUAUUCAGCUCUUUUAAAAUUAUCUAUGAAUGUUUGGGGAAACUGAGAUUCGUCAGCUUCAUUCAUGUGGAUCCUUGUCUUAAUGUUCAUAUUGAAACUAAGAGCCAGUAGAUUUCGUCUAAAACGCCCAAAUAGUCAUUAGCUUGUUGGAGUGAUAUGAUGUUUAUAUUAUUAUUUGAAAAAGUUUGAAGUAAAAUGUUCUAUGUUCCAGUCCCAAUGUAAACAACAGCAAUAUAUGUUCAGAUACAUUAAACAGGCAUGCAUUACUUGGGAUGAAUUGGACAUGUUGGAUUACAUAAUAGUUAUAAUGAAUCAGUCCAUGUAGAAUUUGUAUAUUACCGAAAAAGAUUGAUCGAAAUUCAAUCUUGUUUAUUUACAAUAGGAUAAUUCAAUUUGAUUAUUUAUGAUAUAAUAUAUCUCAUUAGUUCUGUUCUUUUCCCCCUUAUAAAGCAACACUGAUUCAUUCACAUGUUACUAUUCUAUUUUACAAUUUCUUUGAUAAAUAAAGACCGGCUGGUUGGGAUAGUUUACAUCGAUUGGAAUUAUUCAAAAAGAAUUUAUCAUCCAAUUUAAUUGAUUGUAAUUAUAAUCAGAUUAUUACAAAACCAUCGAAAUUAAGAAGAAAAACAUCAUGUGGUAUGUUCUAUUUCAUUCUGUAUUCAUUCAUCAUGUAAUUGAUACUUUAUCAUAGAUGGUAUCCAGAUCGAUUACCUCUAUAAUCUUCAUAAUUGCUAAGCCACUUCAAAGUGAUUAGUCUCAAUUCUGGAUCAAACAGUAGUUAGAGUACGACUGAAAACUAUAGAGAAUAUGUCGGAAAGCUGUUAGAGUAUGAGAAACCUUCGGACUAUGAGUUCGUUUUUGAAGUUUAAGUGGGUUAUUCAGUAACAAAUUUGAAGGUAUGAUGUUUCAUAGAUACACUAACAUCUAAGGAAACAACAAAUUCAACCGAUUAGUCUUUUAGGUCUUAAAAUCCUGUGAAGUAAUUCUAAGGCACUAGAACACAUGUGAAAACCUUUUUAUGUUUUAUUGAAAGUCAGUAGUUUACUCUGUUUCAAAUUGGAAGGAUAUAUAAUGAUUGACAUUAUGAGGUCUGGGUUACGAAGAAAUAUAUUUUAAUUAAAGUCAGAUCAAUUGUAUUUUGGGUAUAUGAGGACCCAACAUUGUUUCGUGGGGGAGGAUGGACCCGAGGAACUUAUAUUCCGGAUAUCAGGUUCGGAUCUUCAAAGAAGGGGAGGUGUUGGGGUAUUCAGAAAAUACCCCAGAAAUUAUCUAAUGCUAUUCCUGAAUGAGAAGUAGUGUCAUUUCCCCAUUGGUCAACAUUCUUCCAACGUGUGAUCUCCUUAUUGGUCAAUAUUUAUUUGUGUCAUUUCCUGAAUAUUAAAUCUUGUACAAAUGUUAUUUUCUAUUUUAUGGUACGAUGUAGUCUGUUUGAUCGCUAUAUAAACAGAGUAUGUUUGAAAUAUAAUGAUUCAUAUCUCCGAGGCU